AUGAAAGCAUUUAUGGAUAUUAAUCAAAUACCCGGAGCUGUGAUGGCAUUCAGUAUAAACGGCACGAAUGUAUGGACGGAAGGCUUCGGUUAUACGGAUAUCGAGAAUAAUGUCUCAACACAUAAGGAUUCCGUUUGGCGGUUGUUUUCAAUAAGCAAAUCAGUCACAUCAGCACUGGUCGGUCAGCUCAUGGAUCGCCAUCUCAUUGAUCUGAACGCAGAGAUCCAUAAAUAUCUGUCAAAAGAUUUCUAUCCCUUCAAGACAUUCAACGGAUCGGCAGUUAAUAUAACCGUUCGGGAAGUCAUGUCACAUACGGCAGGCCUUCAUAUGAGUGUAUUUCCAGAAGAUUUUGACAAAUACUUGAUAAGACGUGCGGAUAAUUCAGACAUAAUCGAUGAAUUGGUUUCAUACGAGGGUUCGUGGCCCGCAGGGGGUAUCAUAUCAACGGCGGACGAUAUGUUACGGUUUGCAAAUGCUAUGCUAUCUGCAUAUCACGGCAAUGAUCAAGAUUUCUUAAGUCAAAAAACAGUACAGGAGUUGUGGACACCGGAAACCAUUGGCAAAAUUAAACCCGAUUGGAUGGGGGAUAAUGAAUAUGCAAAGGGUUGGGGAGUUAUACACUACCCGGAUGACCUACCCUACCCCUAUAAGACCCUAAUUUGGCACAAUGGAGGAAUGAGCGGUGUAUCAACUCAUCUGACUAUAUUUCCCAAAGAAAAUCUGGUAGGACUGGUAUUCACUAAUAGGGGCGAGGUACAAUAUUUAGAUCAUUUGAUCAAAUAUGUGGCACAAAAUUUUCAACCUUUCUUAUAAAUUUAAUUUUAUUUAAAUAUAACUUAUGCUGAUAUUAAUAAAAAUAAAUUUUUGAGUAAUUAA